UCAUGUGGCUGGCCGAAGAAUUGCUACAUUGAAAUCAACAUGCUGGUUGAACGAAGGUGGGCUUUGCUGCCUCUCCUGUGGUUGGUGGGCAGCUUGGCGGGGAGUCCGGAGGGUUACAGGAGGAAGGUCUCCAUGGAAUACAACCCUGGGUUAAACAGCUCCUCUCAUAACCUCUUGCAUGUCUGGGCUGUGGGCCACAAUGAUACAAUCCAUUAUGUAUGGAGCACCAUUGGGGCACCCACAGUGUUGCUGGUGUACACGGGAAGCCAGAACAGCACCCUUCAUGUGAACUGGACCAAGCUUUUCUCCCCCUCUCCCUAUGGAGCCAUCUACGUUGAACCCGCUGACAGUGUCUUGUAUUCCACAGCAGUGAUCUUUGCAAAGGUGUUUGAGUACAACGGUGUCAACACGUCCAAUCUCCUCAAGGUGCCUGCAGAUCAGUUCUACCCCACCUAUGAUUUGGCCAAUUUUACAUGGGAAAGCCUUGAUGGCAAGAUGAACGAGACCAUGCUGACAGCUACAUUUCAGGGUGCUGCCUCAAGCCCCCAUGGAGCCUUUGGGAAUGGCAGUAUAUCCUUUGAGGUGACGGCUUAUGAAGAGAGCAGUCGUGACACCCAACUCCCCCAUCUCCUCCACACAGCCAACUGCUCCAAGGUCAACUUUGUCGUGAAUGGGGUGCCACCACGGGGUAACCACUCCCACUUUGCUCUGGAAAUCAUCACAGUGGAAGAGGGAGGGGAGCACAAGCGCAUGGACUCUAUCCGCUCCAUUGAUGAUGAGUAUACCCCAACAAUAUUUGAGAUGGCGCAACUGGUUUCUGUGCCCCACAAUCACAGCACCAUGACCAGUUUCCUCCAAUGGAAGACGACAGCAUACAGGUCCCAGCAUGCUGAGCGGGCGGACAGCAUCCAUUGCCAGUAUUACCAGUUGCAGACAAACUGCAUCGUUCCCAGGUCUAGCAUAGCCCAUGCCUACUUUCUGGAGGACCUUGAGAGUCACUAUGGUGUAGCUGCCAUCAAUAUUUCCUUUGGCAGUGAGGACAGCAAAGCCUAUGAAGAGGGACGCUACUUGAGCUGGUCUGCCCUGAUUGGAUUUGGUGAACCACCAAAGGACACUUUUUCCACCUUGGUGAUUGCCAUCCUUGCUGUGGGACUGGGGACUCCAGUGGUGCUGCUGGUUGCAGGGAGCAUCACUGCAUUAGUUACACGAAGGAAACGGUAUUCUGAAUAUGAACCAAUCAACUGAUCAUUGCGAAACCAGAGGCCGACAGUUUGUCCCGGACUGUGAGACCAAACUAACCUCAGACUCUUUUCUGGUGUUUGUUCCAAAGGGAAGCUGCUAUUGGGGCGAGUUAUUUACUACAGGGUUGCCUCAUGGUGGCAUCACUGAUCUCAGAAGAGAGACUUUUCAUAUGCUUUGGUACCCUUAACAAGACUUAUGGCGCUAUUUCGGGGUGGGGAUGGGAGUUACUUUCAUGUCCAGACAUGCGGCUUGUUGUGAACUGAGGAAAAGAGCAUAUUUAACAGUUCAGCUACUUCGGACAACCAUUUCUUUACAAUGUUUGCUUCUAGUGCUCAAGCAAUACUUGAAAAUGAUGCACCACUUAAUGUGUUCCUUUGGGAUACACAGGGCACUGUUUUCAGUUUGUGCGUGACUUCGGUUCUACGUUCAGUGUGUCCAAAACAGUUCUGUGGUUUGUUUUUUUGUCUUGGGUGUGUUUUAAAUUAGGUAUGCUGGACAGGUUGAAUUUACUUUCCUGUCUCCAGAUAUCUCAAGAAAUUUUGGGGCUGAGGAAAGCUGGAUUUUAUGGGGCUCUGUUCCCAGUUUGCACAGACAUUCAGUUAAAAAUGUUUACUUUUUUUUUUGGCCUGUUCAAGGAAAUUUUUACCCUAAAAGCAGGCUGGUGGAUUUUUUUCAAUUUUAUUUAUUUUAUUUUAUUAAAUUUGAUACCACUCCCUACCCCAACCAAGGGGUAUUUUCUAUUCUCAAAAGCUGGCUUGGAAAUGAUUCCUUUCUUUAGAUUUCAGCUGUAUUUUCAAUCAACAUUAGACCUCUCCUUUACCGGCUCCCCCUCAAAAAAAUGUUCCCUUAUGUCUUUAAAAGAAAAUUUUGUCUUAAUGCAGGGAGGAUAUUCAUGCAAAACUGCUAAUAUUGUUGAUUCUUCUGCUGUAAAAUGCUUCAUUUGGCUGACUACCAGCAUCUCCAAAUGAGGCUCCCGUGAAGCUCUUCUCCUUUGAAGAUGGAGGCAUGGCAGCAGUUUCCGUAGAUAUAAAUGACUUUUUAAAGCAAUGUUUUAAUUCUUUUUUUUUCAGUGGUAUUACUGUCAAAAUUGCUGGAACCUUGGUCAGGGAAUGGAAACUAGCUUUUUAAUUUUUUUGGUAUUUUUAAUAGAAAAAGGCUUACUGUAUCACAGUAGUUUUGUUUACAGGCUGCUGCCUUCUAAAGACAGACAAAAUUGCACUAUAAAGUUACACAUCUUUUUUUUCUCGUAGAGGUUAGUUUCCUCUGCCCCACAAAAUAUACUGGUUUAUUAAUGCCCUUCACUCUGAGCAAAAAGGCUGGUUUGUUCCAUUUGGCCUUCCUAGUUGUCUCCUGAGCUGGUAGAGGGCUGAAUUGGGGCUUGUGCUAAGGUCAGGUAAAACCUUUCAGCCUUGGUGGGAGUCGAGUAAUUCCUAGUUUGUUGUUGGUGUUGGCCAUUUUGUUUUACUCCCAGAGGGAUACUUCUCAGCAUUGACGAGCUGUGAUGUAGGACCUGUGAUACUUGUGCCAGAUGCCUGCACAUGGGCAUGUUUCAUGGAUCCUGACCCAUUAGAAGACUUCCCAGCCAUUUUGGUUCUUAGCUUUGUCCUUGGUGGAACAGCAUGUUCUUCACUAGCCCUGCUUCUCAGCCUUAGUGUAUCUGAGGCCAGAAGGUACCUGAUUACAUGAAGUCUUCCAUUGAGAUGUGGACUUAAACUGAACAGGUGUAACUUGCGGGGAGGGGGGGCUUUCAGGAUGAGUGAAUUUGUGGUUUCUGCUCUGCACAGCAUUGAAAUGUCAUCAAACCAGUGCUUUUAUUUUCUGUGGUUUUUGGAAGGGGGAGGCUCGGGUUAUGUUUGUCUCCCGUUUUAUCUGUCUUGGACCAAUUAAAGAAGUUUAUUAUUUUUUUUCA